AUGGCUGCCCAGGCACCCGUCACCACCAUCGUCCCCUUCGGCGACCGCAACAAACUGCCCCAGUGCGCCGUCUCCUGCAAGGCCCUCUACGACGCCAACGCCAACUGCGUCCCGCCCAUCAUCCCCUCGGGUCCUGUCUCCAACUACGAGGCCUGUUUCUGCAUUAAUAAAAAUGUCGCCGCCCUCUCUACUGCUACCGACGCCGUCUGCAACGACGUCUGCUCCGCCGAACAGGGCGGCCAGGCCUCGGUCGCCUCCUGGUUUGGAAGCCUCUGUCACGCCUCGCCCACUGUCGGCACUGCAGGUACCACCUCCACCUCAGGAGCAGCCACGGGAAACAAGAGCUCAAGCAAUAAUAACAAGAGCGGUGACUGGAUCUCGAACCACUGGCAAUGGGUCAUCAUGCUCGUCGUCCUUAUCGUCGUCAUCGCCGGUGUCUGGAUCGGUGCCUGCAUCUGGCGCCGGCGCUACCUCCGCCGCAAGGACCGUCAGACCUCGCUCGGCCAGAAACAGUCCGGCUCCGCCUCCCGGCCCUCCUGGGGGCCCAACGCCGGCACUGGAGGCAUUCCCGCCUCCGACUCUGCUUCUCCCAUGAACUACUCCGGCAGCGCCGAGGCCGCCUACCCCAAGUUCGAGUCGACCGAGAAGCCUAAGAAGAAGAAGUGGACCGUCACCUCAAGGACGUGA